AUAAUGUCGAGUCCUGAUUUAGCCCGUUGAUCUACAACCAGGGAGAGAAACCAGCGCCUACAUGGCGAUGCAUUUCCUUUUGUUCCGCUAGCUGAUGUGUAGAAAUGUCCGAGUGAAAUUCUCAGGAAUGUUCCUCGUUUAAAAAUAAACAAUCUGGUGAAGUGACUCAGUGGCGUCGGCUUCCUGGCUGUGACCCGUUUUUUUUGGACUCCCCGCAGACACACAAUCCCAGCGACACGUCGACAUCCACUCAGCCAACAGUGGCUUGAGUGAAUUUAUGGAAACAUGUCAAAGAAACGGGGCAGGAAGCGCAGCAGCGGAGAGCUGAGCGAGAGCUCGGCGUCGACCCUGAGCCCGGACCCCGACAACCUGCUGGGCCGACGGAUUCAGCACACCUGGAGGGAGAAGGGUAAUGUGACCAAGUGGAAAGGCACCGUUCUGGAGCGCCUAACUAUGAACAGCUCCCUCUACAUGGUCAAAUACGAUGGCUUUGACUGUGUGUAUGGCAUUGAGCUCUUCAAAGACAACCGGGUGUCCAACCUGCAGUUGUUGACGGAGAAAGUCGUAAACAAUAAGAUCAAGGUGCCUCCCGGGGCGGAGGAGCUGGUGGGCCGCGCCGUGGAGCAUCUGUUUGAGAAGGAGGGCGGUGAGAAGAACGAGUGGCGAGGCAUGGUGCUGUCCCGAGCCCCCAUCAUGACCCACUGGUACUACAUCACUUACGAGAAGGACCCGGUGCUGUACAUGUACCAGCUGUGGGACGACUAUAAGGACGGAGAUCUACGUGUUCUGCCUGAAUCGGAGAACAAACACCUGCUGCCCGCAGACAGGAAGCCAGGUGAAGAGCCCGAGAGCCUUGUGGGUAAACAGGUGGAGUACGUCACAGAUAACGGCCUAAAGAGGACUGGCUUGGUCAUCUACCAGGUCCCAGCUAAGCCCACGGUAUAUUACAUCAAAUAUGACGAUGACGUUCACAUCCACGUCUACGAUCUGGUGAAGACCACUUAGUGCCGACUGUCCCGAAUCACCUGCAGCCGACAUCUCAUCUGUGACCCGACCCGUCGUUACCUGUGAAAGUGUUACGGAUUUCGGUUUUCUCCUAGCAGGAGGCAUGUGCCGAAGAUCAGAAGCCUCGUUUUUUAAAUUUUUUUUAUUCCAUUCUCACAUCACCAGACAUUUUGUUUUUUUUAAACCGUAGCGUUCGAGGCACAAUGAGUAUGAGCGGUUUGUAAACAACAUUCAAAAAGGGCCCCUCCUUCCUGGCUCGAGGGUUACGGUGCUUGCCAGCGGGCGAAUCAAACCCACGUUUGACCCGCCCUUGAACGCAUGGCGUCUGCAUCGCUGUUUUUUGGCGGCGUGUCGGCCGCUUCUUGUAGCUUCCUCUAAGUUGCGUUCUUACAAUCUGUUACCUGGUCGCUGCCUUCUUAUAGAGGUUGAUUCCCAGAAAGGUCACAAACGUAGCAAAAUGAAAAUAAGGAAGAGAAUGCGGGGGCCUGUGGGGACGCAGACACACACACACACACACACACACACACACACUCCUAAUGGGGUCAUGGGUGAUGAUAGGGAUUGUUUUGGCUUGAGUCCAUACAUUAUGUUUUAAGAAUACCCUACUCAUUGUGCCUUUUUUAAGUUGAUCUUAAUGUACGACUUGGGUCGUCUUCAAUGUCAAUAAAGCAGGCCUGAGACCGAUUGUGUAGCCCACACUUUUGGUUAGAGCCAACUUGUAUAGUGCAACUUUCAAUGCCCCAAAUCAUCUUUUUGUAAGCAAGACAUCAAACUAAGAAGAAUUCUGCUUUCUUAUCUGUUUAUAGCUCUCUGUUUUACUUUCAAUUUACUUUUCUUUGUUUGUGCUAUUUAUUUCCCUCUGGGCUGCUGGUAACGUUUUGACGAAACUUGCCUGGUGGGCCUCAGUUUGUUGAAUAUAAAAGUAAUAUUCAUUUCACCGGUGUGCUUAUUUCACCCCCACAGUGGACUACGAUGUCAGUGUUGAUGCGUUGAUGUCUAACAUCAUGGUUAUCUAACACAGAUUAUAAUAAAAAGUAAUUUCAUCUUCAUCAUGUAAAUUGCAAGUUUUCUACAUUAUGAUAAUAUAUGAUAAAAUGUUGAUGUUGAGUUGUUUGUGCUACACAAUAUUUAUGUAGUCAUUAUUGGCGCCUAACAUUGUUUAGAACCUUGAACUGAAGUCAUUAUUUGCCAAAACAAUUAUUGUGAUAAAAAAUAUUGAAGCCUCACAAUAUUGUUGAUCGUGAACCUGAUUGUUUUGUUCUGUAUUAUUGGCGAUAUUUUAUGAACUUCAAACAAAGCUGCUUGAAAAAUGUUUUUCUGUUUUGUUAUUGCGUGAGUUAGUUUCAUCAUGCUUGAAAGUACAACACAUUAAUUCAAAUAGCAAUCACGUGGAUCAGAUUAGAAUAUUUGUUACAGAAAUUAUUUAAUGGCAUGCGACACAUAAAUAAAGUUCAUCAAAGCUGA